AUUCGAAUAUAAUUCCUGGGCGACUUUUGGGGCACAUGCAGAAUUUAGUUAAUGGGAAUGGAGGCUGGUUACUUUUUAGCUUGGCUUGCGCCUCAAGUGUAGACAUGGCAGAUGAGAGUUGCGGCUUCGUAGGACACUUACCUCGGAAAUCGUUUUCACAUGCCUCCUCUGCACAAUCCAGACCCACAUUUCUAUUUCUUACCAUACUUCUUGUCAGGAUCUCACAUGGUACCACUUCCCAUCUUGACCUCUGAAGUUUCAGCCUCCCUUUUCUCCAUUAUUAUAUCAGAGGAGAGAGAAAGAAUUGCAGGUACAUGAGCCUUUUCCCUCUCAUACGGACUCCCCUUUGUACUUAGCACGAUUCAAAUUUAAUCAUGAUUUCGUCAUCACCCAGCUUUCGCCGAAUGUUUAAAAAUGGGGGGCUUGAAAGUCAAAAGAAGCGUUUCAUAAAUGAGCACCUGACACAGUCGUGGAACUCGUUCCGACCGUUACUCACAUUUACGCGCUGUACAUCGCUCGUGCCCUCUUUUAAUUAUAGUAAAUCGACCGACCCACCUCUAAUUUACCUGUCAUUUCCUUUCGGCUUCUUCGUCUUUGUGGAAAACAAAUCGGUAAACAGUAGAGCCCAACAUAAGGAAAUCUUCUCUGCAUUGAGAAUGCCUGCAGAAUACCCAAAUCUUUUCUUGGAGAAGAUUGAUAAAUUCAAAAUGCUCUGUAUUUAGUUGCGUGGGAGAUGCAGAGGACAAUUUGGUGGUGAAUUUUUGGUAAAUCCUGCUUUUCACUUUGCAAAGACAAAUCAACUUGUGUAGUUGAAGAGUUCAGAAUUUGAUUGAAAUUUUGGAGCUUUCUAUCAGUAUUUGAUAUUGUUGUAGAUUAAAUGUUGUGUGAAAAGGGCACGUUAGAGCUGUAGACAGAAGAUUUUGGGUUUAAAAUGGAAGAGACCAGAGACAAAGGAUUUCAUGGUUGUAUGAGAGUGUUUCGUCAUUUGCUCGACUUCAGUCAGCCUCGGAAAUUUCUUUCCACGCAAUCUGAUUGUCAAGAGUCAGAAGCGCCAACCAACAGUCCAGAGAAUGCAUGCAAUUUUGGUGUUAAUGAUGAAGAGAAGAAGAGGCUGGCAAUGCCUACUGUGAAUGUGGUAGCUCGGCUCAUGGGAUUAGAUAGUAUGGCAAGGGAUGAUGAUGAGCAAUCAAGAAGCAAUCCAGGCAAGUCAAAACCAAGUAAGCAGCCACUUUCCCUUUCCAAAUGCCCUUCUGUUAACACAGAGAGUGAAGCUCUGGAGCCUCUGCGUCUCAGUGUAGAGAUUGGGAGCCCGAAAUUGCAAUUGAGAUCACAUUCGUUCAGAGAACAACCUCACCCUCAGGAGAAGCAGCUGCAGGACUUUAAGAGGGAUUUUGAAGCCACUCAAAUGUUUCAAUACAGAGAUCAUUCACACCAUGGAUAUAAGCACAAGAAUGUUCAACAUAGGUCAGAUGCUGCAGGUACUUUUUUGUUAAAAUACGCGUCGACAGACUCUAAAAAGAACACUGGGGGUAGAAGGCAGAACCAGUCAAUUGAAUUUAUGGAUGCCUUAAAAUGCCUUAAAAAGAAUGAGAACUCCUUGCUGAGACCGCUUCAUGAUCCCAAAUCCUUGGUGACCACAAACAGUUAUUCCAAAUAUACUCGCAGGGCCUCUUCCCAGGGAUGUAGUUCAUCAGAAUUGGGGAGUCCUAGGAUCUCAUCAUCUUGUCUUACAAAUCAGAAUCAAGUAAUUCCUUUGCAUUCCAAACCUUCAAAGAAUUCUGUCAAUCCAUUGCCGGCUAAAAUGAUUGUUUCGGAACCAAAUUCAGCAAACACAAAGCAACAACUAAAAACUUACAAAGAAUUCAGAACUAGCAGGGAAAUUCCACAGAAAAGAGAGAGAAAAUCCAAGGAAAAAUGUUCCAGGAACGUGUGCCAAGAGCUGAAUUCUGGAAAGGCAUCUUCUGAUUCAAUUUCAUCCAGCUGCAACUCUAUUGCAAAGGGGGAAAAGGUCUUGUCAAAUGCUAUAAGGGUUUCUACUUGGCCAGGAAAGUUCAGUCCUAGAACGUGGAUGCAGAGUCCACCUAGGUUUAGAAAAGAAAUCAGAAAGGAAGAAGAUAAGGCGUCUGCAAGGAAACAAUCUGUAUGCCUGAGGAAGUCUGAUAAGAAAAAGCUUUCUUCAAAGCCCUGCUCUGUUGCAAGACGUAAUAAAGAGGUUUAUGACAGAGUAGAAGCAGGUCAUUCUUCAAGUGGUAAAUGCGCCCUUGGUUCUUCAAAGAAGAGUCCUAAUCACCAGAAUUUCACAUCAAAAGAGAAACCUCUGAACGAAGAAACCACCUUGGCACUGGCAAAUGACGAAGUCGUAAAAACAGAUGUCACAGGAGUGAGCGAAAAUGCACCAGCCAAUGAAGUUCUUAUCAACACUGAAGAUAGAACUGAAAGCAUCUUUCCAGAGUGCUCUAUGGCAAACAGUGAAACCGACGAGGGUUUGGCUAGUAUUGGUGAGAAAUGUGAAUUUUCAAGCCCCAUUUCUGUUUUAGAUGGUCCUUUUCUGCACGACAGCCCAAUUCCAAGUCCUGUAAACAUAAAAGAGAUUGCAACAGAUUUUCAAGAACUGAGUACAAAAUUAUGCAGUCUAAAGUUAAAUAUUGAUGAUACCCUGGAUUUUGAUCAAUAUGGACAUAUCUACCAUGAAGAAGACAAAUUGAAGCUUGUUCCAGAGAAUGGAUUGCCGGGUUCCAUGAAAGAGAUUUUUCCAGACAAGAGAUUACAUCUUUUUGAGAUGCAGAGUUCUAUGCUUCAAAGCUUAAAAGUAGAUGACAUCACGAUUCCUGAAGGAAAAGAAGCAAAUCUGUUUUAUGUAAGAACUAUAUUAGUUUCUGCUGGUUUUAAUGAUGAGAACAUUGUAGCAUCUACAAGAUGGUAUUCCCCUUCCCAUCCAAUAGAUCCCCAGGUUUUUUAUAGACUUGAAGAGUACUAUCAAGAUAAACAAACAAAUAACUCAUGCACGACUCCUACCAGAGGAAGCCAAGCAUACGAAAGGUCCAACAACAUAGCCAAUAGAAAGCUCCUGUUUGAGGUUGUAGAUGAAAUUGUAUGCAAAAUAAUAAAGCCAUUCUUGAAACCUCGAGCCUGGAUAAAGCCCACAAAACAGAAUCUUCGGUACAUGUCCACUGGAAAACAACUACUAAAGGAAGUGUGGGAUGAGAUUUGCAGGUCUCCUGAGGCAGAUUGUGAAAUUCUAGAGGAUGUUGAGUCUUUAAUAGAUAGAGACAUGGCUAAUGAAGCUCCUUGGGCUGGAGAUGAUGAAGAUAUUGAGAAUGUUGGGUUUGAAGUAGACCGGCAUAUAUUCAACAACCUUCUUCAAGAGGCUAUUUUAGAUUUUCUUUCUGUAUCAAACUGAUUGGAAAUUCUUUGGAGAGUAGUUGAAAGUGUUUGACUUAGAAUGAUUGAAUUAUAUAACUCAUAUUUUUCAAUUCACUUGCUUUAUGAAAUUGGAUGAUGCAAAGCAAUCCAGUAGAGAAUAAGUUCAGCUAGUUUGAACACCUUGAAGCAUAUCAUAAUUUGUAAAUAUAAAUGAUUCUUGUGAAUCUAAAUAUUUCUUUAUCAA